CUUCCUCACCAGGACCAUCCAUGGCGUCCUCCUCUCUUAUACUUCACUUUCCACGGAUUCACAUCUCGUGGAGUCUCUGUUGCCGACGACUAUAGCGAUGCUAUCCCUGCGCGUUCCCGCUCCCACGAAUGCCUUCGAUCUUCGGCCAUUCCUCGCGGGAUCCGUCCCGCGGCGGCGGAGGAGGGAGUUCUCGCUCUCGCCGGCGUUGGUGGUGAAGCGGUGCGAAAUCAGAGCGGCGAAGACGGAUGUGGCGGUUGCAUCGGCUGAGGAGCAGCUCCCGGAUGGGCUGCAGUCGGAGCUCAUGCCGAAGCACGUGGCGGUGAUCAUGGACGGGAACGGGAGGUGGGCGAAGAAUCGCGGUCUUCCGGCGUCAGCGGGUCACCAAGCCGGCGUGAACGCGCUCAGAGAGCUCGUCGAGAUCUGCGGUCGAUGGGGAAUUCAGGUCCUCACCGUUUUCGCCUUCUCUACCGAUAAUUGGAUUCGACCUAAGAUCGAGGUCAAUUUCUUGUUAAGCUUAUUCGAAAGAUCGCUGAAAUCGGAGUUGAAGACCUUAGCGGAGAACAAUAUCCGGAUAUCGAUAAUAGGGGACACUUCCAAGCUUCCAAAGUCACUUCUACAGGUGAUAAACGAAGUAGAAGAAUCCACUAAAGACAACACCAGGCUGCAACUCAUAGUGGCGGUGGGCUACAGCGGGAAAUACGAUGUUCUUCAGGCGUGCAGAAGCAUCGCCCAGAGAGUGAAGGACGGUGAGAUUGAAGUGGACGACAUCGACGAGAGCUUGAUAGAGCAGGAACUGGAGACAAACUGUACGGAGUUUCCGUACCCGGAUCUUCUGAUACGAACGAGUGGAGAGCUAAGAGUGAGUAACUUCCUGCUGUGGCAACUGGCUUACACCGAGCUCUUCUUUGCUCAAGAUCUAUGGCCUGAUUUCGGCAAGAGUGGUUUCAUCGAGGCCUUGAAGUCUUUUCAACAGAGGCAGAGACGAUUCGGCGAGAGGAAAUCUUGAGGUUAGGUUCUCUUCUGUCCAAUGAUCAUGUUCGAAUAUAUAUAUAUACAUACACUUUGGUUCUCUUGGGAUAUACGCAACAUGUGGGAAUACAUUUUGUAUAUGUAUAGUGUAUAGAUAUGGAAAUCAAUUAUAUGUUUUUAUGCUCA